AUGGAAUCAAAUUUAUUUAAUAGCUUUUUAUUAACUACAACAGAAACAAGUAUUAUUCAAUCACUUUUUAACAAUAUUCAACAACAUAAUGAUAAUGAAUUUUGGAAUAAUUGGCAAUUAUUAAAUGAUGACCUUAAUUUAACAGCAAAAAUUGGUAAUAAAAAUUUAACCUUAAAUAAAUCAAGUUUUGAAUGGUUUUCAAAUUUAGAUGUAAAAGCUAAAAAUAUUAAUUUAAAAGAUAAUAAAAAAUAUGUUAAAAAUAAAUCAUUAUGUAUAAGUGUUAAAAAAAAUAAUUUAUUAAAAGAAAAUAUUGAAUAUAAUGUUAAUGAAUGUUUAGAUAAAAAAUCAUUUAUUUGUGAAACAUUUUCUUGUUUCAAAGAUGAAUUUAGGUGUAAAAAUAAUUCAAAAUGUCUUCCACAAAUAUUUUUAUGUAAUGGUUAUCCAGAUUGUCCUGAUAACAGUGAUGAAAUAGAUUGUGUAUGUUCAAGUAACACAACAAUAAUAUAUGACAAUAAACAAAAAAAUGGUUAUAUUACGUCACCUAUUAAUAAAAAAUUAAAUAAAGGUACUGAAAAAUGUAAUUGGGAAAUUAAUCAGGAUAAAAAUGAAAAUAUUAUGUUAAAAUUUAUAACAGUUCAUUUACAAGAUAAUGAAGUUAUAUCAAUUUCUCAACCAAAUAAUGAAAUAUUUUUUCUUACAAAUAAAAAUAUAACAAAUUUAGAUGAUACAUGGAAAUUUAAUAGCAAUAAAUUAAGUAUAACUUAUUAUAGAAAUUUAUUAAAUCCUGGUUAUUUAAAUAUUUUUUAUAAAACAAUGAAUGAUAACAAUGAUGUUACUUAUUUAAACAAUAAUAAUGGUAUAAUUAAUUUUUAUAAAGUUGGUUUUAUAAUUAAUGAAACACUACAACAUAAAUGGUUUAUUAAUAAUAAUGAAAAUGAAAUUAAAACAUUUACAAUAACAAAUAUUUUAUAUGAUUCUAAAACAUUUUUUUCAAUAAAAUUAGGUUCUAAUUUUAUAAAUCAAUCUUUUUUUUUACAAGAUACUUUUUUACCAACAUCAUUGAUAUCAUUAGAAGAACCACUUGAAAUAGAAAUUUCAACAAAAGGUAAAAGAAAUACAACAAUAAUUUUUGAAGGAUUUUAUGAAAAUUCAUGUUUAUCUAUUAUUCAUAAUAUUACAAAUUUUGGGCAAAUUUUUUCACCUAAUUAUCAUCAAAUGUUAUCAUCAAAAAAUAUUUCAAUUAAUUGUUCAUGGAUUAUAAAACCUCCAUGUAGUAAAACACCAAAUGGUUGUUAUAUUUCUAUUAUACCUUAUAUAAAAAAUUUUAUAAAUGGUAGUUAUGUUAUAAUAUCAGGAUUAAAAGAUAAUUUUCUUCUUGAUAAUUUAAUAUCAUUUCAAAAAAUAUAUAGAUUUCAUCUAUCUCCAAAUAAUAAUGAAAUAAUGAUAAAAAUAAGAAGUAAUACAAGUAAUUUUAAAGUUAAAUUUAUUUAUUCAAUUGAUUGCUAUUUACCUAAUGAAUUAAAUGGAUUAUUAAUUGAAAAUAUUUUACAAACAUCAAAUAUAAAAAAUAGAAAUAUUUAUCCAAUAACAAGUAAUUUAAUUUUUAAAUGUUCUAAUAAAAAAAUUUUAACACCAAAAACAUCAACAUCUGUAGAAUGUUUAAUUGGUGGUAAAUGGUCAUCAAAGAUACCAAAAUGUAUAGAAUUAUUAUGUCCAUUACCAUAUAUUGAAAAUGGAUAUAUUAAUUCAAUUGAUGGAUAUACAAUAUCGUCAAAAUUAGUAUAUGGAUGUAAUAUUGGUUAUAUAUCAUCAAACAAAAAUUAUACAGCAUAUUGUAAUGAAAAACAAAUUUUUUAUCCUAUACCUAUAUGUAAAAAAGUUAAAUGUUCCUCAUCAACAAAUUCAAUAACAUAUAAUGUAUUAGAUGUUAAAAAAAAUAUUUGUCCAGAUGGAUUUAAGAUAACAAAUGGUAGUGAUAAAAGUCAAUGUAAUUUAGAUGGAAAAUGGAAUUAUAAUAAUUAUCAAUGUGAUGAAAUAAAAUGUUAUCAAGAAGUUAUUGAAAAUUCUUUAUUAACAAAACCAAGAUUAUAUAAAUUUAAUGAUACAUUACAACUUGAUUGUAUAUAUGGAUAUGAAAAAAAUUUUAAUAAAAAUAUUAUAUGUAAUGAAUAUGGUGAAUGGAUAGAUGAAGAUGGUGAAAUAUUUAAUAAUAUAAAAUGUAUUAAAAAAAUUAAUAAUAAUAAUUUAAUUAAUUGUGAUUCAAUUGGUGGAUGUAAAAAUGAUGGGAUAUGUAUUUAUGAAAAUAAUAUGUUAAAAUGUCAAUGUAAAGAUGGUUAUUAUGGUUUAAAUUGUCAAUUACAAAGUUUAAAUUGUAAUAGUAAUAAAAAUAAACGAUGUUUAAUGGAUAAAGAAUUUUUACCAUUAUAUGAUUAUAAUAACAAAUGUAGUACAUGUAUGGAUAAACAUUUAAUAGGUGAUAAUAAUUUAUGUAAAAAUAAUCCAUGUCAAAAUGAUGGUAAAUGUAAAUUAAUUAAUAAUAAAAAUUAUUAUUGUAAAUAUAAAGAUGGUUUAAAUGGUAAAAAAUGUGAACAAAGUUAUGAUAUAUGUAAGAUUGUUGGUGGUGAUAAAAGUUAUUGUAAUAAUCAUGGUAAAUGUAUUAUAAAAAAUAAUAAACCUUUUUGUGAAUGUAUGUUAUUAUGGAAAGGAAAACAUUGUGAAACACCUGUUAAUAUAUGUGAAAAAAAUAAAAAUUAUUGUUUAAAUGGAGGUUCAUGUUUAUCAAUUAUUGGAUCUUUAUUUCCAAUAUGUAAAUGUUCAAAAAUGUUUUAUGGUGAUAGAUGUGAAAAAAAAAUUGAUUAUUGUCAAUUUAAACCAUGUUUUCAUGAUGGAAUUUGUUCUAAUAAUGAAAUUAGUGGAUACUCAUGCUUAUGUAACUCAUCAUAUAUGGGAAAAGGAUGUUAUAUUGAUAAAGAAGUUUGUACAAAUGAUCCAUGUCAAAAUAAUGGAAUUUGUAUAUCAAAAAAUGAUUCAUCUUAUACAUGUAUCUGUUCAAAUCAAUAUACAGGUCCUAAUUGUUCACAAUUUAUUAAUUUAUGUUUAGAAUAUGAAAAUAAAGGAAUAUCAUAUUGUAUGAAUGGUGGUGUUUGCCAUUCAUUACGUGGUGAAAAUAUAAUAUGUGAAUGUAAUGAUAAUUAUGAUGGAGAUAAAUGUCAAAAUAAAAUAGAAAAAAAUAAAAAUAAUUAUAAUUUAUUUUUUACACCUACUAAAUUUUAUGAUUUUGAUUAUUAUUCACAAUAUAAUAAAUCAAAUGAAAUAAAAGAAACUAAUACAAAUGAACAAUUAAUAUUUUCACCAGUAUUUAGAAGUUCAUUUCUUAAUGAAACAACAAUAUGUGGAUGGAUUAAACCUAGUAUAAAUGAAAAAGAAGAUAUAUCUUUUAUUGUCGUUGGAACUUAUAAUGGUAAUAGAAUUAAAAAAUCAAUUAUAGAUUUUACAUUAAAAGGAGUAAUAUUAAAUUAUGAUAAAAAAAAAAUUACUAUUAAUUAUAAUUUAAUACCUAAUAUAUGGCAACAUUUAUGUUUAAGAUCACCAAAAUUACGAAAAUAUCAAACAACAUCAUGGGAUUUAUUUUAUAAUGGUUUACUUUUUAAAUCAGCAAAUCAAGGUAUUGAACCAUUAAAAAUUAAAGAACGAUACUUAAGAAUAUUAUUAGGUGAAUCUUUAAAUUAUAAAUCAAAAUAUCAAGGAGAAAUGACAUUAGUAGAAUAUUAUUCAAAUUUACUAAGUGAUAAAGAAAUUCUUAAUCUGGCUACAAAAUGUUCCUAUAAUGGUAGUAGACCUCCAAUUGUUGGUUGGUCAGAUUAUACGGAUUCAUCAAAAAGUAAUGGAUAUGUUGUCAAAAUUGAACCAGGAUUAUGUUCAGAAAAUGAUAAUAAUAAUAUAAUUAAUAAUAAUUUUAAUAUAUUACGUGAUGAUACAAAUAAUAUACCCUCAUAUUUAUUAAAUAUUGAUUAUUCUGUUACUGUUAAAAAUUGUCCCAAAGAUAUUUAUAAAUAUACAGAUACUGAUGGAGCAAUUGUAGAAUGGAAACCAAAUAAAGGAGAAGAAAUAUUUAAAAAUUUUUCUGAUCUUAGCAACUUUUAUGUAAAUUUUAAUAGCGGUGGAUAUUUUAAACUUGGAAGCUAUAAAGUUAUGUAUAUAGGAACGAACAAAUAUAAUAUCAAUGGUAUCUGUCAGUUUUCUAUUCAUGUUUUAAAAAAUGAUAACUAA